CCGCCAUUUUGAGUCUUGUUACUUUUUCUUUCGUGAAGUCGUGAAUGCGUGUAGUGCGUUUUUCAAUAUUUUCCGGAUUUACUUUAUACUGAAAACGUUAUUGUGCUGUAAAUGUUUCUACCUAUUGUAUAGUUUAUUGUAUUGAUAAUUUUUAUUGUUUGCUUUUUGUGAUUGAAAUAAUUCGGAACUUUUUACUAUGCAAAUGCAAGGGAUGAAUCAAUUUGGAAAUAGAGGAUACGGCGGACCCCCACAGCCGCAGCGUCAAGGGGGUCGCCGAGGAAAUAACCGCGGAGGUUUUCGUAAUUCUAGAUUUGAACACAACAAUCAAAAUCAAAGAAAUCAAAAUCAUGGACAAGGAGGUCAACGACCUAAUAUUGAGCCAGUGAAACAGGUUGUGCCUGAAAAGCAACCGCCACCGACAACACAGCAGCCGAAAGAGAAACCUAACGAGGAGGUGCAGCAGGCACCAGCGGCAGCUUCCACGCCAGCACCACCUCAGGUACAACAACAAAACAAUAGACCGCAACAACAAAGCCAGAGGCCACAGCAAAACCAGCGUGGGCCACAACAAGGCCAGCAACAGAACCAGCGGCCUCAGAAUCAACAACAACCACAACAAUCACCACAACAACAGCCUCAACAACAACAAUUAAACCAGCAGCAGCAACAAAAAUUGAACCAGUCCAAAUCCCAGGAUGAUGUUGACAAGUCUAUUGGUAGUGAAAAAAAUACACAAGGACCUAGUCCUAACCAGAACCAAUUUCAUAAGAAUAUCAAUGGAAACUUUGGUGGGGGAAACAAAGCAGGUGGAACAUGGAGUCAAGGUGGUCCUGGCAACAGGCAGAAUCAGAACCAAAACCAAAAGCAGUUUGGCCCUAAACAGCAAGGUGUUGGUGGUGGCCCAGCUCGCAACCAGCGUCACAGCAUGAGGGGCCAGCCGGAUGGGAAGGCAGUGCAACGUGAGGACCAUUUCUUGUUAAACAAACUCAAAGAGCUUGGUGGACCUUUGAUAGAUUUGCCUCAAAUUGACCAAACGGAACUUAAAUUUAAUGGUAGAAGCAGACUUUACAUUGGUAAUCUAACAUCUGAUGUAACUGAAGAGGAAAUUAUGAAUUUAUUUGGCCAGUUUGGUGAAGCUGCAGAAUUGUUUCUUAACAAAGAAAAGAACUUUGGAUUUAUUAAAAUGGACUACAGAGUUAAUGCAGAAAAGGCAAAAAGGGAGCUUGAUGGUAAAAUGAGGAAUGGUCGUUCUCUGAGAGUGAGAUUUGCCCCACAUAAUUGUGCUGUCAGAGUUAAAAAUUUGCCUCCAUUUGUAUCAAAUGAACUUCUCUUUAAAGCAUUUGAAAUAUUUGGAAAAAUUGAAAGAGCUUAUGUAAGAGUUGAUGAAAGAGGAAAAACUUUAGGAGAGGGAGUUGUGGAGUUUGCCCGCAAACCCAGUGCUUUGUCUGCAAUUAGGAAUUGUACUGAGAAGUGUUUCUUCUUAACAUCGUCCCUGCGCCCAGUAAUUGUUGAAAGUUAUGAGGAACCGGAUGAGUUUGAUGGCUAUCCAGAAAAGAAUUUACCCAAGAAACAUCCAGAAUUUCUUCGUGCUCGUGAGGUUGGACCCCGUUUCUCUGAGCCAAAUAGCUUCGAACAUGAAUAUGGUACCAGGUGGAAACAAUUGCAUGAACUUCACCGACAGAAAGAAGAAGCACUCAAAAAGGAGUUGGCUGCUGAAGAAGAGAAGCUUGAAGCUCAAAUGGAAUAUGCCAAAUACGAGCACGAGACGGAGUUGUUACGCGAGCAGCUGCGCCAACGCGAGCAGGACCGCGAGCGACAGAAGCGCAGCUGGGAGAUGGCGGAGCGCGCGGCGGACGAGCGGCGCGAGGCGGAGCGCGCUCAGCUGCUGCGACAGGAGGAGGAGCUCUCGCAGCGCAUGCGUCUGCAGGACGACGAGCUGCGUCGCCGCCAGCAGGAGAACACGCUCUUUGUACAGGCACAAAGAUUGAACUCAAUGUUGGACAGACAAGAACAGGGGAUGUUUGAUCAACAACAGCCAAUGGAAGGAGGCUUCAGAGAGCAGUACGACAUGCCGCGCGGGGGCUAUGACGACAUGCCGCCGCAAACCCGCGGUUGGGACGGGCCCCGCCAUAUGGACGAUUAUCCUAACAAACGCCGUCGGUUCUAACCGCUUCCUUCCCACGUGACGGCACAAAAAACGUCACAUUUGACUGCAUGAGCAGUCUUAAAUCCCGUGUCUUUAACCAUUCGGUUAGCCACGAUUAAAAAUUAAUUAUUAUUUUAUUUUAUAAGAGCUGCGUCAACAGAAAUUCUCUUCUGUGAACUAGUACUUCGCUAUUGCAUAUUGCGAUUUCGCAACAUUUGUACUAGGUGAUUACCGAACCGAGUGCACGCAAGCAAGGCAAGUCGAAAGCGCUUACAACUUGCCCAUACGAUUUCCCUGUUAUUUUUACCCGACUGACUCGAAAAGUGUGUUUUUAUUAAUUUAAUAUUUAGUAAUAUAUAAUUUUUAUUGCCGAAAUGAUACAACUAAAUGUUUUAAGCGGUUUUGCGUAAAAAUACAAUUUAGUUCAGUCAAUCCUAAUCCUACUUUGUAAAGUGGACGAGGUAAAAUCUAAAGCUAAGCAUCAUAGCUAUAAUGUGUGCCGCAAAUACAGGAAAUUUGAAUGUUAGUAGUGCACUUAGUCGGUAUGUAGUUUAGUUAUUCGAAAUAUAAGAAAACAUCUAAUAUUAUAAACUUUUUAAUUGUUAUUUGCAGUAUGAUAAAUUAUAAGAUUAUUUGAUAGUUUAAAAAAUCAUUUAUUUAUCUUUUACUUAACCUACUUAAACGUGGGAAAAUAGACAAUGAUAACUAAAAAUGUUUCUCUCUUAAAGUUAUAUUAGGAAAUUGUAAGUUUCGCUUAAGUCCAUAUAGUAAUAAAUCAAUUAUUUAACAAAGUUAUAAAAAAUCUUCACAAUAUAAAACUCAGAAUGAAAUUUAAGGCAUCUUAUCUUUAUUGUGAAAAUUAGUAAUAGAUUCUCCAUCAAGAAAGACAAUUUAUCUUGUAUCCUGAGACAAAAUUUAAACUUCUUAAUUGCACUUAUCAGAUUUUUUAAAUAUUUUUUUCGUCAAUAUAAAGAUGAAUAGUUCAUAUUGACGAAAAGAACAUUUUUAUUCUUAGCAAAGUAGAGUUGAACAGCCUUUAACUUUCCUAAUUUUUUUUUUAACUUAUAUAAAGUUAUAUCGAAGCUAAAAUGCCAUUUACAAAAAAAAAACUAUUUAAUCAGUUGAGAAAAGAUUGAUUUUCAAAUGUGGUCAUGUAUUUAGCGCAAUUUUUUUGCAACCAUUUUUGUUUGUUUUCACUUUACUCACUGAAACAGAAGAGAAUUUUAUUUUAGUAUUCUCGUAAAUAUAAAUUAAUUUUAUUUUAACUUUUAUGAUUUCCCUCUUGCAUGUUGUCUGCAACAUUACAUUAUUCUGUAAUGAUAUGAGGAAGCUAAAAAUGCAAAAACCAUCGAUUCAGCUGCUUGGGACUGAUUUCUCACACACAUAGAGACGUAACAAAUAUUUCUAAUGAAAAAAUCAAACAGUAAAAGGCAGGUUAUUUCUCAAAUAAAAUAACUAGUGUAAACAUUACACACUCAAUAUGCAUAUUUUUGAAGUAUUUGCUACGUCGCUGUGGUGAGAAUGUCCAGGAGAAAGCUACUUUGUAAUAAACUUAUUUUGUCAAGUAUCGCAAUGCUAUUCAGAACUUGUGAAUUUCUUACCAAUAAACCCAUAAAGAGUGUUUUUUGGUAAUUAAUUUGCAGGUUAUGAAUCGCUUACGAAGUUUGCUGCGUAGUUAUUGAAAUCGAUGAAAAUUAGCAUCGUGUUAUUAUUGUAAUGUCUAAAGAAUUUUCAUAAAUAAAUGUUUUAGAUCUAAGCUCUAA